UACUUCGCGGUACCAUUGGAGCCAGUCGACGCGCAACGCACACUCCUUUCGAACCUCGAGACCUGUACACCGUCGAAUCGAUCGUCAAUUGAAUAUCAGCACACAUCGCGAACGACUUCAACGACCACACCCGACCCCCCCAAACCCUCCCUCGAACCAAACACACCCACACACACCCGGCGAGCCUUUGCUCCCCACCUCAAAAUCCAAAAAUGGGCGGCCUAACAAACGUAAUCAACAUGUGCUCCCACCUCCAAAACGCAUCCCGCGCCCGCCUAGGAAUGACCUCCGUCACAAACACAAAGCAAAACCUCAACCUCGCCCUCGCCCUCCACCGCUCCGGCUUCGUCUCCUCCCUCUACCGCGGCGGCCCGUCGCCGCCCGCCCCCGAAGACCUCCUCCGCGACCCGGAACCCGUCACCUCGUCCAACGUCGCCACGCGCCGCCUCUGGCUCGGCCUCAAGUACUGGAACAACGAGCCCGUCCUCCGCGGCCUGAACAUGGUCACCAAGCCCACAAGGCCCAUCAACGUCCACAUUGAGGACCUCGAGCUCGUCGUGCGCGGGUUCCCGACCAAGAACGGGCUCGUCAAGGGGCUUGCAAUGGGGGAGUGCCUGUUUAUUUCUACGGAUAGGGGUAUUUUGGAGGCCAGGGAGGCGUUGGCGAGGAAAGUUGGCGGUAUGGUGCUGUGCCGGGCGAGAUAAGGAAGAAGAACAAGAAAGUCUCGUUGUAGGCAAGGAGGGAAAGGAAGAUGGCCUGUAGAGAAAGGGUCGAUUUUGAUGGCCACUCCCUACGAGGAGAGAGUGACUGGGCCUCGGAAAAGAGGAGUCUUGGGAAAAAGAAGGCACCACAGGGCAGGCCUCGAGGUUAACCCGCGGCAGCUCUGUAGGAGCCAUGUCCUCCAUAUACUGUACAAAAGUUGUAUUCUAGAGAAGACACGAACACACCAUUUUUUGAA